AAGGCGCGUGGGAGCGAAGCAUGGCGCUGUACGCGACGGCGGCGUCUGUGCUGGCGGGUGUGGAAAGCCGACGGGGCUCCAUCAAGGGGCUGGUGUACGCCAGCAGCUUCCAGAACGUGAAGCAGCUGUACGCGCUCGUGUGCGAGACGCAGCGCUACUCCGCCGUGCUGGACGCCGUGAUCGCCAGCGCCGGCCUCCUCCGCGCCGAGAAGAAGCUGCGGCCGCACCUGGCUAAGGUGCUAGUGUAUGAGUUGUUGUUGGGGAAAGGCUUCCGAGGGGGCGGGGGCCGAUGGAAACCUUUGCUGGACCGGCACCAGGCAAGGCUGAAGGCUGAGCUGGCCCGGCUCAAGGUUCAGCGCCGUGUGAGCCGCAACGAGGAUCUGUUGCAAGUGGGAUCCAGGCCUGGCACAGCCUCCCAGGUGCCUCGAUUUGUGCGGGUGAACACUCUCAAGACCAGCCUUGUUGAUGCAGUUGAUUACUUCAAGAGGCAAGGUUUCUCCUAUCAGGGUCGGGCUUCCAGCCUCGAGGAUGCGCGGGCCCUCCGCGGCAGGUGCUUUCUUCUGGAUCCCUUGUUGCCAGAGCUGCUGGUGUUUCCGGCCCAGACGGAUCUGCACGACCACCCACUGUACCGGGCCGGUCACCUCAUCCUACAGGACAAGGCCAGCUGCCUCCCAGCCGCGCUGCUGGCCCCACCCCCGGGUGCCCACGUCAUCGACGCCUGUGCCGCCCCCGGCAACAAGACCAGUCACUUGGCCGCUCUCCUCCAGAACCAGGGGAAGAUCUUUGCCUUUGACCUGGAUGCCGGGCGCCUGGCGUCCAUGGCUACCCUGCUGGCCCGGGCUGGGGUCUCGUGCUGCGAGCUGGCGGAGGAAGACUUCCUGGCGGUCUCACCCUCUGACCAGCGCUACCGUCGGGUCCAGUACAUCUUACUGGAUCCUUCUUGUAGCGGCUCAGGAAUGCCAGCCAGACAGCUGGAGGAGCCCGGGGCAGGCACCCCGAGCAAGGCACGGCUGCAGGCCCUGGCCGGGUUCCAGCAGCGAGCACUGCGCCACGCGCUCACCUUCCCCUCCCUGCAGCGCCUGGUCUACUCCACGUGCUCCCUCUGCCAGGAGGAGAAUGAAGAUGUGGUGCGCGAUGCCCUGCAGCAGAACCCAGGGACCUUCAGGCUAGCUCCCGUCCUACCCUCCUGGCCCCACCGAGGCCUCGGCACUUUCCCCGGGGCUGAAUACUGCCUCCGGGCCUCCCCCGAGACCACGCUCACUGGUGGCUUCUUUGUUGCCGUUCUGGAAAGGGUAGAGGUGCCAAGCUCAGUCCCGCAGGCUGAAGCAGCGGCGCCUGAACCCACGCCCAGCGCAGCCCCGCGGAGGAAGAGACGGCGCCAGGCCGUGGCUCCUGGCGCGCAGCCCCGCACGCAGCAGGUCCGCAGGGCUUCUCCUUCUCGGGUGGGGAGGAAGAGCCCGCUCCUCCCCGCAGCUCAGCCAGCAGGUUUUUGAAAGGUUUUUUUUAUUGCUUUAGAAAGGAAAGCGGUAACCCUGAAUCUCCAGUGGGGGACAGAGUGGAUUUCCUCGUCCUCUGGGUCCCUUCCCCGGGCCGUGUUCCUGCUGGUGAGAGAAUUCUGCCCACAGAAAUAAAAGGCGGGACACGGAAUACGAUAGAUCACAGUUGUUUUUUAUUCUUAAUGACAUAAGCAAGGAGAAAAAUCUCACAUUCAUACUAAAAAUUCCAACUAGACUCACAGGAAUUAACUCUUUGUCAUGGAAAGUCCCAGCCUCCCGUUCCUGUCCAGUGCACGUCCGUGUACACACACACACACACACACACCCGUGUACACACACACCCCCACACACUCACUCGGGCUGCACCAGGACACCCUCUUCCGGGGGCUCCCGGACCAACCGUCCUGCCGGUGGAACCGAGGUAACUAGCUCAGAGUGCUGUGGCGAAGAGGGGCCUACCUUCCGCCAGCUGCCCGCGGAAGCUUGCUUUCUAGACCCGUGCCCCCCCCCCCCCCCCGAUCCUAACAGGGAUUUGGGACAUGAGGUGCAGGCCUCUCCCUCAGCUCCACACGCAGGGAAGUCAGGCCCGCUCUUCCCGGGGCUGGGGGGCGACGGGGAUGGCCAUGACCGUCGCCUGCCAUACAUAGCACUCAACCUCGGUCACGGGUGAGGGGGGACUAGUUACAUCUACGUCACAUUAUUUAUAAAAUAAGAGUUACAUUUUAUAUCGUGUGUCCUGAAGGAGCUCCGGCCCCUCAGGAGAGCUGCCGAGGACAGCAUCUGAGCCUCUCACGGGCAUAACUUACCUAUACAGCUAAUUCCUAGUCAAUAGCAUUUAUACUUAACCACCUCAGUGAACCAAGCUUGAAGGAAUUUAAAAGGCAA